UGGGAAGGGGGCAAAGCCCACGGGCACGGCAUCUGCACCGGCCCCAAGGGCCAGGGCGAGUACUCGGGCUCCUGGAACUACGGCUUCGAAGUGGUGGGCAUAUACACGUGGCCCAGCGGCAACACCUACGAAGGCUACUGGUCCCAAGGCAAGAGGCACGGCCUCGGAAUCGAGACCAAAGGACGGUUAGGCGAGUGGACCCAUGGCUUUAAGGGACGGUACGGCGCGAGGCAGAGCAUGAGCAGUGGAGCCAAGUAUGAAGGUACCUGGAAUAACGGUCUGCAGGAUGGCUACGGCACCGAGACCUACGCUGACGGAGGCACGUACCAGGGCCAGUUCACCAACGGCAUGCGGCACGGCUAUGGUGUGCGGCAGAGCGUGCCCUAUGGCAUGGCCUCCGUAGUCCGCUCCCCCCUGCGCACCUCGCUCUCGUCCCUGCGGAGCGAGCACAGCAAUGGCACCCUGCCCCAGCAGGACUCCCCCGCCGCCAACCCCGAGAGCUUGCCCCUCUCGCCCACCAUCACCCGUGGGGGCUUCGCUCUCAGCCUCUAUGCGGAGGUGGAGGCUGGCAAGCCCAAGAAAGGGGGGCUCUUCCGCAGGGGCUCCUUGCUGGGGAAGCUAAAGAAGUCCGAGUCCAAGUCGUCCCUGGCCAGCCAGAAGAGUCGUGUCAGCUUCCUCAAGAGUGAGAGUGGGAUCAGCUCGGCUGCCAGCGAUGCCACCUCCACUGUCAGCCUCGGUGAGGGUGCUGAGGGCGAGGAGUACCCCCUCUUCGAGUCCGACAUCGAUGCCACCACCACGGAGACCUACAUGGGUGAGUGGAAGAACGACAAGCGCGCUGGCUUUGGCAUUAGCGAGCGCUCCAGCGGGCUGAAGUAUGAGGGCGAGUGGCUGGACAACCUGCGGCACGGCUACGGUUGCACCACGCUGCCCGAUGGCAAGAAGGAGGAGGGCAAGUACCGGCACAACGUCCUCAUCAAGGGCAUGAAGAAGCGCGUGAUACCCCUCAAGAGCGCCAAGAUCCGGCAGAAGGUGGACAGGAGUGUGGAGGGGGCUCAGAGGGCUGCGGCCAUCGCCCGGCAGAAGUCGGAGAUCGCGGCAUCCAGGACAGCUCAUGCCAAAGCCAAGGCUGAAGGGUCUGAGCAGGCAGCUCAGGCAGCUAACAAUGAAUCAGGCAUAGCCAGAAUGAUGGCCAGAGAGCUCUCUCCAGACUUCUACCAGCCAGGCCCCGAGUACCAGAAGCGCAAGCUGCUGCAGGAGAUCAUGGAGAACGCGGAGCACGCUGUCAACAUGGAGGAGGAG